GCAAUAGAUAUGGGAUUCAUUCAAUUGAUUUACCAAUUUUACCCACGUUCUCACUUUAAGGGAAAGCACCAACCAAGUAUAAGUAAUUCAUCAUUUGUGUAUUGCAAGUUAAUAAGAAAGCUGAAGUAUAUGGCUUCUUAUUACUACUACUACUUCCUCUUGUUUGUUCUUGUUGCUACUGCUGCAAUUUCUGAAGCAGAUUCAAAAACUAAGUUAUCUAAAGAUUUCUAUUCACGCAGUUGUCCUAAACUAUUGCCUAUAGUGAAAGAUGAAGUCAUAAAAGCCGUUAACAAAGAAACUCGCAUGGGAGCUUCCUUACUUAGACUACACUUCCAUGACUGCUUUGUAAAUGGCUGUGAUGCGUCAAUACUGUUGGACAAUACAAAGAAAUUCGCCGGAGAGAAAACGGCGGCGGCUAACAAUAACUCAGCAAGAGGGUUCGACGUGAUUGAUGACAUUAAGACCAAAGUGGAGAAAGCAUGCCCCAGGAUUGUGUCAUGUGCUGAUAUUCUUGCUCUGGCUGCUAGAGAUUCUGUAGUUUAUUUAGGAGGGCCUUCAUGGGAAGUAGGCUUGGGAAGAAGGGAUUCUACCACUGCUAGCAGAGCUGCUGCCAAUAACUCUAUUCCUGCACCCUUUUUUAGUCUAACCACUCUCAAAUCAAAUUUUGCAAACCAUGGGCUUUCUGCGGAGGACUUGGUGGCUCUUUCAGGUGGACACACUAUUGGCUUGGCUAGAUGUGUACAAUUCAGAGCACACAUCUAUAAUGAUUCCAAUAUUGAUGCUUCCUUUGCCAAGUCUCUGAGGAGCAAGUGCCCCAGAAAAGGAAAUGAUGCUGUACUCGCACCCCUUGAACUUCAAACACCGACACAUUUCGACAAUCUAUACUACAAGAAUUUGCUGGUUAAAAGGGGUCUUCUCCAUUCAGACCAGGAGCUCUUGAAUGGUGGUUCUACUAGUGCUCUGGUGAAGAAAUUCGCUGCUAACAAGAACGAAUUCUUUAAGGCUUUUUCCAAGGGCAUGGUCAAAAUGAGCAGCAUCAAGCCUCUCACAGGUAGAAAGGGGCAGAUCAGAAUCCAUUGCAGAAAAGUCAAUUAGACAUGCAACAUUAGCAAGUGAUAUUUAUGGGCAAAAAUGUAUCUUCAACUAAUUAGCCAUCCCUUUGUCUAAAACUAUGUCAAAUGAUCCAUAAACUACCACUUUUUAUUUGUCUAUAUGUUAUCAAAUUAAACUGCAAGACCAUAUCUCAUCCCCAAGCUCAAUGAAUUUCACAAUAACAAAUUCAUGAAUUUCAAUAAAAUGAAGAUUUUCAUAUAAAAGAUAAGAAUGAUAAACUGAUGAUAGACUUUCUAGGCUUCAAUACAUGUAAUUUUAGUUCUCAUCCUCAAACAAAAUUUCAUGUGGUUUCUUUUCAUACCCCAUUAGACUAUUGCGAAAGUAAUCGCGAACUCGAAGUCUUAGAUAUUUGCUUAUCUACAUCAUGGUUUUGAUUAGGAUAUCAACACUUA